AUGGAAACCGACGAGACUGAUCGCGUGCUUCCUUUCCAACUUCAAUUCGAUAAACCAGUCGCUUCUCAGGUUAAAAUAGCAGAGUGGAAUCCAGAAAAGGAUUUACUCGCAAUGGUAACUGAAGAAUCCAAGAUUUUACUCCAUCGAUUCAAUUGGCAGAGGUUAUGGACUAUCUCCCCUGGAAGGAAUAUCACGUCAUUGUGUUGGCGGCCGGAUGGGAAAGCAAUAGCUGUUGGUCUUGAAGAUGGAACCAUUUCUUUGCAUGACGUUGAGAAUGGCAAGUUGCUGAGAAGCUUGAAGUCUCAUACUGUUGCAGUUGUGUGUCUUAAUUGGGAGGAGGAAGGACAAGUUAUUAGAGAUGACUCUAACAACUUCUCAGCAUACGAAGACCGCACUUCCCAUUUCUUCCCUCCUGCUCCAAGGGUCCCUCGGAUGCCUGGAGUAGUGUCUGGAGAUACUAGCUUCAUGGAUGACAGUGAAGAUUCAUAUAGAGAGCUGAAAAAUGAGCUCCAUCAGUUGGCUCAACAAGCUUCCAAUAUUGAAGACUUAACUGAAGUUAUCAGGGCGUCAUUAUCAGUUAUGUGCAAGCAGUGGUCAGAUGCCAUGCGAACAUUUCAUGAGAAGUUCAAUUCUUUAUCUACCCUGAUUAUUGACCAUGCACUGGACUCUUCUCCACAAGAGGAAUUUCUGAGCCUUCUAGGGGGUGCUCGGACUAGUCCGGCAGUACAUCAAUUUCUAGUUAACUCCCUUGGUGAAGUGGGUGUGAAGCGUGUGUUAAAGGUCGUUUGUGGUACAGCAAAAGAGCUUCAGCACAUUGUCCUUGAUCAUUUACAGCCUGCUGCAGAAAUUAUUGGAUUUAGAAUGGGAGAACUAAGAGGCCUUUCCAGAUGGCGUGCACGGUACCAUGGUAUUGGUUUGGAUGAGAUGCUCAUCAACAAUGCAACAGAAAAAUCUGGAAUGAUAUUAGUGCAAAUUGAACGGUUUAUGAGGGUCCUUUCAUCCGUGGAGCAGCAGUUUUCAAAUUUCUUCAAUUGGCUUCUUAAAUGUAUAAAGCUGCUUAUGCAAGAACCCAGUGACCAGCUUCUUCCAUACAAUAGCGAACUUGUUGUCAUAUUCUUAAAGUUCUUAUAUGAUCAGGAUCCAGUUAAGCAGUUGCUGGAAGUUGAUCAUGAUAUUGAAGUUGACUUAGAAACAAUGCAGAGAGUUAAGGAAUUAGUUCAGUUUGGGGGAUUUUCAGAUUGUGAGUAUCUGCAAAGAACAUUGGCUAAAGAAUUCCAACAAAUGGAGGACAGCUUCAAGGAGGCUUUCCUGAUGCCCUUUACUACCAUAUCAAGAAAGAUGCUUUGUGAGGACUUGCUGCCACUGUUUCCCCUUCCAUCUUCACCAGCAUCUGAUAGUCAGAUCGUCUUGUUGUUAAAUGGGGCAUCUGCCUCAUCUGAAAGUUCUGGAGAUGCCUGUAUGAUGACUGUACAAGCUAGCGAGCUUCCAUUUAUAUCUAUUUCAAGAUUCACUGACCUAAACUUAUGGAACUUGCAUCAAUUGAAGGAUUCUGCUGUGCGCCUGGAAAUGGAGAACGAAACAGUUCGCAAUAUUCCUCACUCCGUAAUUGCUCCCUUGGCAGUUAGUGCAUCCAGAGGUGUUGCAUGUGUUUUUGCUGCAAGAAAGCGAGCCUUGGUCUACAUCCUAGAGGAAGACGAAGAGGAAGUUCCAGACACAGAGUGA